AUGGCCAGGCAAAGGCCCUCCGCCAAACGCCAGGACCCUCUCGAGGAUUAUCCCGUUGCCCCCGCAGGCACUUCCACGGCCUCUUCUUCCCUGAGAAUCACUCGCUCCGCUGCGAGACUCGCCACAGACGCUCCUCCUGAGUCUGGUACACCACUACAACCAUCCGCCCCAACGACGACUCGCAAACGCAAGGCAUCUUCCCGUCACGAUCGACAGGCGGACGCUCCAGCACCACCCUCGCCACCGAAGAAAACGAAGCGACCGCGGACUACAGCACCACAGACAGCCCCAUCAACUGGACCUGCUGCUGCAACCCCCCGUCGAGGCGCCCGCAGCCGUAACGCCAUGUCACAACCAGGACCUUCGUCUCGACCGUCGGAGGAACAAUCCAAAUCUGCAACAUCUCCACAACCCUCAAGGCGAAAGUCCAACCGACACGAUCGACAACCGCCGGCACAGUCUCCCCCACCUCGACGCUCGAAGAAGCGGGCCGCUAAACCGACUCCCGAUGUUAUCAUGCGAGAUGCGGAGGAAGAGGAUGAGCAGGAGGACGAUCACCUAGAACACCAAGGCUCCCAAACGGGGGAGAGCAAUGAUGAAACUAACCCCUCGGCGUUCGACGAUGAGGAAAUGGAUCCAUUCCACAGCAGCCUGUUCGGUGGCCGAACUCCUAUGGGGCUCCAAAAUACUCUCCGUGCACUUACCGGCAUGAUGACUGGCAUGUCAUCUCGCCUUCGAGACAUUCUCUGCAACCUGAAGGCGAAGGAUGACCCAUCACUCCAGUUAAUAGCUCUUCAGGAGCUGUCGGACCUCCUGCUGGUUUCCAAUGAGGAUAACCUAUCUGGUCAAUUUUCACCUGACCCGUACGUGAAGGAGCUGGUGACUUUAAUGAAGCCGGACCAGUUCGGCGAAGAAAAUCCGGAAAUCAUGCUCCUCGCAUGUCGCUGUCUCGCCAACCUCAUGGAGGCCUUGCGGAGCUCCGUUGCGAAUGUUGUGUAUGGUGGCGCUGUGCCCAUCCUUUGCCAAAAGCUCCUUGAUAUACAGUUCAUCGAUCUAGCUGAGCAGGCUUUGAGUACUUUAGCCAAGAUUUCCAUCGAUUUCCCUGCCUCAAUCGUGCGGGAAGGUGGACUGACCGCUUGUCUCACUUAUCUGGACUUCUUCCCGACCAGUACCCAACGGACAGCAGUCACCACCGCUGCAAACUGCUGCCGUAACCUCGGACAUGACUCGUUCCCUGUGGUUCGGGAUGUAAUGCCCACUCUCCUCAAUGUCCUGUCUAGCAAUGACCCAAAGGUCGUGGAGCAGGGAUGCUUGUGCGUAUCACGGAUUGUUGAGAGCUUUAAGCACCGCCCCGAACAUCUUGAAGAGCUCAUCGAGCCUGCAAUGCUCAAGGCCAUUCUUCGGCUCCUCCUUCCCGGAACCACGAAUCUGAUUGGACCUCACAUUCACACGCAGUUUUUGAGGGUAUUGGCAAUUGUAUCGAGAACAAGCCCUCGGCUGUCAAACGAGUUAUUCAAGAUGGAUGUAGUAGACACGCUCUACCAAAUUCUGACCGGCGUGUCACCACCGCAGGAUGUGGAGAACACAGCUGUCAAAAUGGACAGUGUGCUAGUUAUGCAAGCCUUGAUUCACCGGCCCCGUGAGCAAGUAUUUGAAACACUUAACGUCAUUUGCGAGCUAUUGCCGGGUGUCCCUACUCGCGAUGCCUCAAAGACGGACAACUUGUUGAGCUCAUACUUCGAUGCUCACAUGUCUAUUGGCCUAAGGUCACAUAAAACGAAGGAGACGGUGGAGGAAAGGCGGGCCUUGCUCGAGGGCUGCAAGACCGAGCUUAAGCGUUUUGCGAUGAUCUUGUUCCCAACUUUGACCGACGCUUACUCGAGCACAGUCAACCUGCAUGUCCGCCAAAAGGUAUUGAUUGCGCAGCUCAAAAUGCUGCACAUUUUGGAGCCAUCUCUGAUUGAAGACGCCCUGCGCACGGUUCCGUAUCCCUCCUUCCUGGCUGCUAUUCUCUCCCAAAAAGACCACCCCUCUCUCGUAUCUCUGGCGCUCCGCUGCUCGGAGCUGCUGUUCCAACGACUCGAGCACGUUUAUCAGCAUCAAUUCCACCGUGAAGGCGUAAUCCUCGAGAUCAUCAAACUGUCAGAAGGCUCUCUGUCGGGGGAUAAGGAGAUCACCGAUUUACCCGAUCCCGCCACAACCACACCGCCACUGCGCGGCGAGAUUCUACGAACUGGACCUGACGAGGAUGAAGACGAGGAUGAGGAUGAGGAUGUUGAGCACGACGACUAUGAUGACGAGGAUGAUGAGAAUGACGAUAUCUCUGAUUCUGAGGAUGACUCCAUGUCCGGCCCACGCGGUCAGCAGAAAAUGGAGAAUUCGCUCAAUGACCUAGUCAUCCGCGAUGCUCAGGCCUUCCUCGAGGUCUAUGAAGCAAGCCAUGGUGAAAGAGUGCGAACAGAGGCUCUGAAGAUCUUGCUUGCUCUGAAGUCUCUAGCCUCAAAAAUCAAGUCAUGCUAUUCGCGUGGCGGGGAGGACGGUCUUUCGCUUUUCAAACAGCUUGCCUCCUACUUCAUUGGUGAGGGUUUGAAGAGUAUUACCAGUUCUGAAUUGCUCAACUCCGGGAUCAUUGAGGUUCUUCUAUCUGUCCUCGGUAAUUACCAGGCUCCUUCGAUUCGCGAGGCCAGGGCCGCCUUUUUACAAGCCUUUAUGGGUGUCUCAAUUUCGGACAAGGCUCAAAGCCAGAGCACCGCCACCACGCCUUUCAGCGUUCUCAUUCGAAAGUUGCAAGACUUGCUGAGUAGGACAGAACACUUUGAGGUCCUCACCAUCAACCACAACUCGUUGGAGAAUACUCGCAGUAACGCCGCCUACAUGCUGAACAAACAGCUCCGACUCAAGUUGGCUGCUGACGAUGCGUCCGAAAUUCCUCGCCCAUACCGCAGUAUCAUGGUGUCCAUUCAUGCUAUUGCUACAUUCAAGGCCUUGGAUGACUUCCUUCAUCCACGGAUCACCAUGGCAGAAAAGCCUCGCCCUUCGCGGACUAGGGACUUGAUUUUUGGACAAAUUGCUAACGCGGCCCGACUUCAUGACCAGCUUGCUUCGGGCUCUGGGAUAGACCUCCCAAGUCACACGGGCGGCCCACAUGGCACCGGCGGUGAUUCAGGGGAUGGCAUCUCCAAUACUGCAACCGGUCACUCGCGGAGACAUGCAUCCAAUCGUAUUGAAGAGGAGGAAGAUGAUCAUGAUGACGACCCCCUCGAGUGUGCCGACGAAAGGCAAUUGACCGACGAGGGAGAAGAGGGCAUGGAAGAAGAUGAUGAUGAAGAGCUCGACGCGAUCGUUGAUGAUCUUGACGAGGACCUAGAGACUGACAACGUGGCCGACCCCUCGGCAGUUAACCUAGAGGUGGCAUCCUCAGGGAAAGUCACCGCUCGCAAAGAGGAUGGUACUCGAGUUGGAACUCCAUCCCAGACGGCUGCAGCCAAAGCUUCCUCGUCAACUGCUCCCGUGCCCUCUAGUAGCCUACGCAACUCCUCACUCGCUACUGCCGGGCGCCCGUUCUCGUCUUAUGCUGCUGCGACGGCGUCGGUCCCCCAGGACUGGCAUCUUGAGUUCUUCGUAGAUGGCAAACCAGUUACCUACGAGACGACUAUCUACCGUGGUGUGCAUCACGACCGUGAAGACUUGGACGAGAGCAGUGCCAAGAACGUAUGGUCGGCCGUUCACACCGUCACAUACAAGCGUGUCCCCGGGCCUCCGCCGCCAGAGCCUUCCAUUCUCACUCCGGCGACUCAAGGAGAUCUUGCUGAUGAGGAUGGCCUCGAGAUCCCAGCAUCGCUCGACAAAGAUCACAGGACUUCUUCCAUAAUCCGUCUUCUUCGUGUUUUGCACGAGAUGAACGCGACAAUCGAUGACAUUCUGACUGACAACAAAGAUUCUGCUACCAUUACGGCUGAACCCUUGGCCCAGUUCAUCAAUACUAAACUCACAGCUAAGCUCAACCGACAACUUGAGGAGCCAUUGAUUGUGGCAAGCGAUUGCCUUCCAAGUUGGAGCGAAGACCUUGCCAGGCUCUUCUCUUUCCUCUUCCCAUUCGAAACAAGGCAUUUGUUCUUGCAGUCCACUGCAUUUGGCUACUCCAGGGCGAUGAUGAGGUGGCAGAACUCUCAAAGUGGCGAGGACAGCCGACGGGACCUACGACGCGACGAUCGCCCAUUCCUUGGCCGUCUGCAGCGCCAAAAAGUGCGAAUUUCUCGUUCUCGCAUCCUCGACUCGGCGGUAAAAGUCAUGGAGCUCUAUGGAUCUUCCCCCAGCAUUCUGGAGGUCGAGUACUUCGAAGAAGUCGGUACUGGACUGGGACCUACUCUUGAAUUCUAUUCUACCGUUUCUCGGGAAUUCUCCAAGAAGAAGCUCAGGAUCUGGAGAGAUAACGAUGGCACUGCUGCUGCUGAGUACGCCUUCGGCAAGCGCGGCUUGUUCCCAGCGCCGAUGAGUGACGAACAGGCCGCUCACGACUAUGGAAAGAAGCAGCUCAACCUCUUCAGAGUCCUCGGGAAGUUCGUCGCUCGCUCGAUGCUUGACUCUAGGAUUAUCGACGUUUCGUUCAAUCCGGCCUUCUUCCGUAUCGCGGACACUCUAUCUUCGGUCGCCCCAUCUUUAGGCACGGUUAAGCUUGUGGAUGAGGAUCUUGCGAAAUCCCUGAUGAUGCUGAAACAGUUUGUCAAUGCUAAGAACGCGAUCAAAGAGAACAAGUUCCUUUCCGCAGCGCAGAAAGCCCAGGAGAUCCGAGACCUUACGGUUCAGGGCGCCAGAGUUGACGACCUGGGCUUAGACUUCACUCUCCCUGGCUAUCCUGCUAUUGAGUUGACUCCUGGCGGCAGCGAUGUGCCAUUGACGAUCGAGAAUGUUGACCUCUACAUCGAACGCGUGAUCGAUAUGACGUUGGGUACUGGUGUCCGGCGUCAGAUAGAUGCCUUCCGAGCUGGCUUCUCGCAGGUCUUCCCGUACUCCUCUCUUCGAGCCUUCACUCCAAAUGAGCUUGUCAUGCUUUUCGGCCAGGCCCAAGAAGAUUGGUCUAUCGAAACCUUAAUGGACUCAAUUAAGGCGGAUCACGGAUUCAAUAUGGAUAGUCGAAGCGUGCGCAACCUGCUGCAGACUAUGAGUGAGCUGGACAGUCAGGAACGUCGCGACUUCCUUCAGUUUGUCACUGGUUUCAAAAGUCUCACGCCGACCUUCACAGUGGUGUGCCGCCCAAGCGAACACCCCUACACACCCGACGAUUAUCUCCCCAGUGUGAUGACCUGCGUCAACUACUUGAAGUUGCCGGACUAUAGUGACUUGGCUGUCCUCAAACGGCGUCUCUCGGUAGCCAUCAAAGAAGGCCAGGGUGCAUUCCAUCUUUCCUAG